AGCGGAUUAAGUGAAUGAAAGCGUCGGUGCUGGUGUGGUGCGUAAAGUGUAGUGUACUUAUGUACGCAGAAACUGAUGACGAAAUACUCAUGUGUUUCUUGUGUAGCCUUAGUGCUUCUUGUCAUGGUGAAGUGUGUCUGGCAGGAGAAGGUCGGCGAAUAAAGAGGCGAUCGUAUUUUAGUUGGAACUGAAUAUUUUAUCUCGGCAAACGGAGACAUGAAUCGGAGGUGUAUCUCAGAUUAUUGAGAAGAAACGAGAGCGUGGAAGCACGAAACGAUGUGAGGGAAGAAGUCUUUUUACCAGAUCCUCUCCAUCACCAUCACAACAAUAAUUAGUAAAACAUCGGAAGAUAUAAUAAUCGCGGCUGCCAGAGGAUUUGCUGAUGUGUAAUGUCAUUGUCACUCAUGUUCACCACUGCUUCAUGCUUUCUCUGCAUCGAGUUCUAAUCCUGACACCUGCCUAUGUGAAACCCUCCUAAUUAACCCUCCUAAGUGACCCUGGUUUUUAUUUCACACGAUUCUUUGGAGAACUAAUUCCUCGAAGGACUUGAAAACGGGUUCCAUUUGGUGUCCGUGUUUGUUGCGUGUAUGUAUGUUUUAUCUUCUCAUCUCUUCCUCGGACUUGUAGAGGAGAGAUCGAGAGUAAAAGAUCGCAUGUGUGGUGUAUGUGUGUGUGAGAGAGAGCGAAAGGGAGAGAGAUUGUGACAGACAGAGAAAGAAGAAGAAGAAAAUCGCCACUGCGGCAUCCGAAAGACAUGAAUCUUAUUCCAAACCAACCGGUCAAGUGCAGGAAGUUGUUCUUCUUAACAGUAUGUAUGGUGUUAUUUGGCGUUAUCGUUCUUGGUUAUUUCUGUCCCCUAGGACCGUCCAAUUUCACGCCGAACCGUUUUUUCGGCGCACAGACCCUCAUCUUACAACAGCAUUCCCCUCCUGUCGCCUUACUUCACCACAUUAUCAACAACACUGUGAGUAAUGUUGAUGUGAGUAGUGAUAUUAUUCACCUGCCGUUGGACACCUAUAACUUCUCCACCUCAGAUCUCCAAAGAGAUUUCCAGUUAGAUAUGGAAAAGGAAGAUGUAAUUGUGUUCUUGCACAUCCAGAAAACUGGUGGUUCCACGUUCGGUCGACACCUCGUUAGGAACUUGGUUGUUGAUAGACCUUGUGAGUGUGUCCACUGGAGGAAACGAUGUAACUGCUUGACACAGUCUCACAAGAACUGGUUAUUUAGUCGCUUCUCCACUGGAUGGAUUUGUGGUCUACAUGCUGACUGGACUGAAUUAACCGAGUGUGUCGAGAAGGCCCUCGAUAAAGUGGAAGGAUCAAAACGCAAGAGAAAAUAUAAGUACAUUACAUUUUUACGUCAUCCGGUCCAUCGAUACCUGAGUGAGUGGCGGCAUGUAUUUCGUGGUGCUACUUGGAAGUCAACCAAUUACCGUUGCAAUGGUAACGAUGCCACUCUUGAAGAAGUACCCUUUUGUUAUAAGGGCAGUAACUGGCGCAACGUCUCGUUGGACUCUUUCCUGGAAUGCCCAAGUAAUAUGGCCGUCAACAGACAAGUCCGAAUGCUUGCCAAUUUGAGCAAAGUGAAUUGUUAUAAUCGUACUGAGAUGAGUGAGAAAGAAAGAAAUGAUAUUAUGUUGGAAAGCGCCAAAGAAAAUCUAUUAAAUAUGGCUUUCUUUGGAAUGACAGAAUUUCAGUUACAAUCUCAGAAGUUAUUUGAAAGUACGUUCCACUUAAAUUUUCAUGAAGAUUUUGAACAAUAUAAUUACACACGUAGCAACAGAGUGAAUCUCACAUGGGACCAACUUGUUCAAAUUACCACACUCAACAAAAUAGAUAUGAUAUUUUAUGAUUUUGCAAAAAAUUUAUUCUUUCGGCGUUUAGAAUACUUGGAUAAGAUGAAUUCCAGGAAGUCUAAACGUAACAGGACAGGGAACAAUAAAGAGGGUUAGCUGAUGACCACCCAUCAAACUGAAAAAAUUUCCGGCCAAAAAUCAAAA